CACUGCGAAGCGUCUUAUCCGUGUUGGGGGCAGUUAUUGAUUGUGGUCACCAAAAAUAAAAAACUUUUUAAAAAAGAAAAACACAGAAGUAAGGACCAAACAUGCACCCAGAGCAACCGGACUCUGCCGAGCGUGAAGCCACACUUGAUAACCAGUCACUGCGAGCUGGGGAUGCAGACGAUCUGCAGACAGGCAUGUUAGCGACCGUCAGACCAGACGCCUGUUCAGCUCACGGAGACGCCAGCAGUGCGGAAAGUGCAGCCAAGAGCGCCGAGGAUGUGCACAACAACAACCCCCCGACAGGAGAGCAGAAGGGAGGAAAGGACGGUGGGCCGAGAAUAACAAAGCAAUUUCUGAGAAACCACUGCAAGCAACACAAACUGUACCUGACUCCUUACCUGAAUGACACUCUGUACCUGCACUAUAAAGGUUUUGCAGUGAUUGAAAACCUAGAGGAGUACACUGGUUUGAAGUGCCUGUGGCUGGAGUGCAAUGGCCUGCAGAAAAUUGAGAACCUGGAAGCACAGACUGAGAUGCGAUGCCUCUUCUUGCAGCAGAACCUGAUCCGCAAACUGGAAAACCUGGAGCACCUUGAAAAACUCAACUCCCUCAAUGUCUGCAACAACUACAUUGAGACUAUAGAAAAUAUCUCUUGCCUUUCUGAGUUGAAUACUCUCCAGAUGUCACACAAUCACUUGGAGACGGUGCAGGAUAUCGAGCACUUGAUGGAAUGCCCAAGCAUCAGUGUUCUUGAUCUGUCUCACAACAAACUGAAUGAUCCAGACAUAAUUCAUGUUUUGGAGAUUAUGCCUGACUUGCGUGUGUUAAAUCUAAUGGGUAAUGAAGUAACCAAGAAGAUACCCAACUACAGGAAAACAUUAAUUGUACGCUUGAAGCAGCUUACAUACUUGGAUGACAGGCCAGUGUUUCCAAAAGACAGAGCCUGUGCUGAAGCAUGGGCAGCAGGAGGCUGGGAGGCAGAGAAGGAGGAGAGACAGAAGUGGGAGACGAGAGAGAGAAGGAAGAUCCAGGACAGCAUCGAUGCCCUGGCUGCCAUCAGGGAGAGAGCCAGAGAAAAACAGAAGCUCAAGGAAAUGGAGGAAAGAGGAGACAGUGUGCCUCAGAUAUCCAAUGAUGAGAGUCAGCAGGACACUGCUGGUGAGUCUAAGGGUCCUGCUGUUCAAGAGAAAAUCGAGACAUUUGUGGAUCAAAGCAUGCAAGCCCAUGAAGAGUUCCUGAAUGAAACUGCUGAAAGAGAUCAACAAGGCAGGCGGGGACAGACAGAGACUGACAGCGAGCAUCCAAAGCUGAACAAGCCUGUGGAAGAAAACAAGCAGGCUAAUUCAGCGCAUUCAGCAGCAGAAAAAACAGGAGGUCAAAUGGCUACUCAGGGUGCCUUAAUAACAGAGCUUGAAGACACAGACACAUUAGAAACUAUUAAGCUGGAUAAUCAACAAAAGAUCUGUAUUGAUGAUCUUCCGGAUUUGGAAGAAGUAGACAUUGAUGAAGUAAACAACACUGAAGACAUUUUCAGUUCUCAGCCUGUCUACCGGCCGAAAAUCGAGAUCAUCUCUGCAGAUAGUGACAACAGCGAGUCUGAGCUGGAGGGGGUGGAGGAACAGUCAUCUGGGAAUACCUGGACAGCAGAGAUUUCAACACGGCCCGAGCAACAAGAAGCAUCAGAGCUUUUCAUUAGGGUUUGCAGGCAUGAGCCUCUUACAGCCAAGCAGGUAGAGUCCACUGGGCUUAUUACUGAACAAGGAGUGGCAGAAGCACAAAAAACACCAGAACUACUGACCAGAGUAUGUAACAAUGCUGAUAAGUCAACCAGACCUCUAAUAGAGGAGUUAGAUUAGGGCCAAGACACUACCAAAAUUUACAGGUAACAUUAAACCUUACUGGUGUUGGCAUUUUGUUGUAAUCUGGCAUUACUUUAGACAUAUGUUAUCAUUACAACCUUUUAGCUUAGUGGCAGAGCACCGGCAUUCAGUUUAUGCAUUGUAAAGACUGUUGUAAUAUUUUCUUGCAAUUAACUUUUAUAAGUGUAUUUUUUUUUCUCUGGAAUAAAGACUUGGUCUAAACUGCA